GAGGUGGCACACGACGUCAGCAUGCUUGCGUGACCCGAUACCGUCUGUCUUGGAUUUUAGAGACUCGUCCUGCAUCUCUUGGGCCUCCUGAUCACCCCAGAACGACAGCACAGUACGGGCCUCAAGCCGCUGCAACCCUGACAUCCACAGUCGCGUGCAAUUCCCAACGGAUUCUCAGCCUCUGGACGCACAUCGUUUCCGACCUGGGUGACUUGGUCGUGUGCCUGCCCAGACUCACGACUGCUUCCGAGGCUUUACGGAGUCCCCGAAUGUGACACUUGGCUUCAGGUCCCUUAUAACCUCCGCCCUGCGCCGUGUGUGCGCGCCGUGGACGUCUCCGUCUCCGUCUCUCACCGCCGCUGCAAACCAUCGCCCAUACUCACAUUCCAAUCCUCGAGCUCGAAAAAGCCUCGGCGGCGGCACAGUAGCCAUGAAGGAUCCCUUCCCAAUAGCGCCCAUUCCGGCCCUGAGCGAAUGGGUCCGCCCAUUCGCUGAGAGGUUUAACCUCGUUGUGCUUCCCCAGCAUAUACACGAGGUGGUUUUCGCUGCCAUCAUGUACACCUUCGUCCACCUCGUCAUAUCGCCAUGGCUUUCCAUGAAGUACGCACCGAAGCAGUACCCGACCCACCGCGGGAAGAGGGCGAGCUGGGACUCACAUGUCGUCUCUCUGUUCCAGAGCACCCUCAUCAACAUCCUCGCCCUAUGGUGUAUGUUCGCCGAUGAGGAGCGCAAGACCUUCGACUGGCAGCAGCGCAUAUGGGGCUAUACCGGUGCCAGCGGCAUGAUACAAUCCCUCGUGGCGGGGUAUUUCGUCUGGGACUUCAUCAUAACCAUCUGUUUCGUCGAUGUCUUCGGUAUCGGUGUCCUUGUUCAUGCCACCAGCGCCCUACUUGUCUACUCGUUCGGAUAUAGACCCUUUCUAAACUACUACGCCAACGUCUUCAUUCUCUACGAGCUCUCGACCCCGUUCCUCAACAUUCACUGGUUCUUCGACAAGAUGGGCAUGACGGGAAGCAAGGCGCAGCUAUACAACGGCAUCAUACUCCUUGUUACCUUCUUUUCUGCCCGCCUUAUCUGGGGUGUCGGGCAAUCUUUUGUCGUAUGGUAUGACAUGUACCGCGCCCUGUUCACCGCGCCCAACACCGAAUUCAUGUCGGUCACACCAGCCGAUGAGACGUUGCCGGGCACCGAGGAUAUUAUGAUGUACGCGAAGGAAGCUGGCCCUCUCCCAUAUUGGCUGGUUGCCAUCUACCUGGUCAGCAACCUUGCUCUCACAACCCUGAAUUUCAUCUGGUUCGGGAAGAUGAUCAAGGCCAUUCGCAAGCGAUUCGACACCCCCGCGGAAGAGUCGAAGCAAGAGGGAAAGCCUGUCGACGGUGUGGCUAGGGCUUCUUCGAUUGUGGACAAGGCCGACGAGGUUAGGAGACGCCACAAUAUUCCCGUGCCAGAAAUCGAGGAUGAUCUCGGGGCGAUGCAGUAGAUACACUUGCCCCCAUGUCUAUCUUGCUGAUUGGAAUGGUCACCUGAAUACAAGCGCCGAUCGCAGCGAAUCUCUUCGGCAUUGCCAACGCUGGUUUACUCUCGAGUCACGACCUUGCCAAUCCAAACCAGACUUAAUACGACCGUUCACUCUAUUGUAUGCAUUUCCCCAACAACUGCGAUUCAUUGCACAGUCUCACUCGAACGGCAUUGGCAUCAGUCUGCCGGCACUGCAGACUUAUUAAGGGUCUUUGUAUAUACAAAGAAGGAAGGAUUUUGGGUACACUAGUGUGACACCAACAGCGAAACAUAGCGAGGCGAAUUGGAGUGACAGAUGAUAGUGACAACUACUCGAAGCACCAUUAUCCAAUGUGAAAUUGUCAUUAAAGGCGAAAGUUCAUAAACCGACACCCAACGAGGCCAAAACCGCUCCUAUUCCUUGAGGAUGCCCCCGACAGUGUUCCCGACUACACCCUCAGCUGCGAUGGAAGUCAGUGCAAGAUCCCUUGAGUGGACGAGGAUUGUUUACUCACCGCCAUCAACGACACCCCCAACUGUGUUGCCAACGGUGUUACCGACUCCGUCCACCACGCCACCAGCAGCAUUGGCGGCACCGCCAACAAGACCAGUCUAAGGCCCAAUAUCAGCACAACAUUCAAACCCCCCAUCGUUCACGACGGCAGGACUGUAGGGACAACACGUACCACAGGGUCCAGGAGACCUGCGCCUCCAGAGGACGAAGCACCAGAGGCACUGUCUGUGCCCGUGGCACCGCCGAGAAGGCCACCAAGCUGACUCUUUUGGCCGCCUGUGAGCCCGCCUGUGAGCCCUCCGACGAGGCCAGUCUUUCAAGAGAUCAGAUAUCAGCACAGAUGACCAAGGUCUGAAUUGGGUCAUGUCAAGAGAGCGGCGAAAGGACUUACCACGGGGUCCAAAAGACCUGCCGAACCGCCCGCUGAGCCAGAUGCCGAGGCACCGGCGGCACCGUCCGUCCCUGUGGCACCGCCUCCGAGAAGGCCGCCGGUAAGGCCGCCAGUGAGGCCAUCGGCAAGGUUGCCGACGGCAUCGAGCUGGCGCUCCUGCACGUUGACGGGUGCUGCCACGGCGGCGGCGGCGAGGGCAGCGAUGAGGACAAUGUUGGCAUACAUCUUGUUUAUUGUGUUGAGAUAUAAAGAGAUAGAUAAAUAGAGAGCGUGUGUUUGAUUUAAGGAUGUAGAGGCACAAGUCUCAGACUCGGAAUGAAUGAAUUAGAAAGAUCUGGCUUUCGAAUAAGGGAUAUGUAAGGGUGAUGGAAGAAAGUGUGAAUGAAGAACAAACAACAUGUCAAUUCUAGAUGGUGGACGUUUACACAGAUAUAUAUACGCGUGAGAAUGAAG